AUGAAGUAUUACCAACCUGUCGACCCUGAAGACCAGGAGAGCGAGGCGGAUAAUAUCUUCGAGAAGUACCUUGAGCGCUUCUGCCUCAAUAUGGAGUAUCACAAAGACAACUUCAAGGACGACUGCAGGAAGGUUCGUGAUGGACUCCGAAAAAAGCUCCGCUGCAAGCUCGAGCAGCUCAAGAAGCUCAAGAAGCUCCCGGAGUCCAUGCGUCAUCGUAUCAAACGUCGACGUUAG